AUGUCUGUCUUGUCUUUCAGUAAUCGGGUAGAGAAAUAUUCAAUUGAAAAGUUGUGUGUAGAUGAAGAUGAUAUUCAAGAAAGAAUAAACUGA